AUGGCGAAAAGGAAGAUCGAAAACAGAACUUUUCUGGACAGGUGGGAGACAGAAUAUCUGUUUAUAUGUGUAAAAGACAGACCUGUUUGUCUCGUUUGUGGAGCCAACGUGUCGGUAACUAAGGAGUACAACAUUAGGCGACACUAUGAAACGAAACACCAGGACAAGUACAAGGACCUGGACACGACUCAAAGGAGCCAGAAAAUAGAGGAGAUGAAAAGAGGUUUGCUUUCACAACAGUAUAUGUUCAAAAAAGCCACAACACAAAAUGAGGCUGCUGUAAAGGCAAGUUAUAUCGUGGCAGAAGAAAUCCCCAAAUCAACCCGACCCUUUAAUGAGGGAGAGUUUGUUAAAAAGUGCAUGCUGAAAAUUUGUGACCAACUGUGCCCAGAGAAAAAGCAGGCCUUUUCAAACGUAAGCCUGAGCAGGAACACAAUAGCUGAGAGCACAUGUGAUCUUGCCGCCAAUCUGCAUGACCAGCUGAUGGAAAAGGGAAAAGAUUUUGUUUCUUUUUCCCUUGCUGUGGACGAGAGCACUGACGCAUCUGAUACUGCGCAGCUGUCAGUCUUCAUCCGCGGUGUCGACUCAAACAUGUGUGUUACGGAGGAGCUUUUGGGAUUUAAAUCCAUGCAUGGCACAACCACAGGGAAGGAAAUAUUUGAGGAGGUUUGCAAAUGUGUAACUGAAAUAAACCUGCCGUGCGAUAAACUCUUGGGAUUAACCACUGAUGGUGCGCCAGCGAUGAGUGGUAAAAAGAAUGGACUGGUGGGCAGGAUUUGUGAAAAGAUGCGGGAAGAGAACUGUGCAGGUGAGCUAUGUGUUUAUCACUGCAUCAUACAUCAAGAGUCACUGUGUGCUAAAGCCCUAAAGAUGGAACAUGUUAUGACCACAGUAACAAAAGUUGUUAACUUUAUAAGAGCCAAAAGUCUGAAUCACCGCCAGUUUAAGUCUUUUCUGGACGAGUUUGGUUCAAAACAGACAGACGUGCCGUGUCACACAGAGGUGAGAUGGUUAAGCCGCGGAAAAGUACUAAACAGAUUUUUCGAGCUGCGUGAAGAAAUAUGUCAGUUUCUGCAAAGCAAAGGGAAGGACACAGCAGACCUCCGGGAGCAAAAGUUUAUGUGUGAGCUGGCCUUUCUGUGUGACAUCUCAAACCAUCUUGAUGUGCUGAACAUGCAGCUACAGGGGCGGGGCCGCAUCAUCACAGAUAUGUACUCGUCAGUGAGAGCUUUUAAAACUAAACUCUGCCUGUGGGAGAAUCAGCUGCUUGGCCAUUUCCCCUGCUGCCAAACCAUAAAAACGCAGAUCUUUACCGCUGUGUGCGCACAUUUUAGUGAAAAACUCAGUGUACUCGGUGCUGAGUUUAGCCGGCGAUUUGGCGACUUUGAUGGUCAGAAGUGUAAAUUUGAACUGAUUAGUAAUCCCUUUGCAGUUGACGUGGAAAACGCACCAAUUAACCUCCAAAUGGAGCUGAUUGAACUCCAGUGUAAUAACACGCUGAAGUCAAAGUAUGAUGCCGUUGGCGCCGCACACUUUCCACAAUUCAUCCCUGACACAAUGCCUCAGCUCCGCACCCAAGCUGCUCAAUUGCUCUCCGUGUUCGGCAGCACGUAUCUAUGUGAGCAACUUUUCUCCUCAAUGAAGAUGACGAAAACGUCUCACAGGAUACGUCUGACUGAUGAACACCUUUUGUCAAUAAUGAAGGUGGCCUCAGCUCAAAGCCUGAGCCCCGACAUUAAUGAACUAACAUCGAAGAAAAGAUGCCAGGUAUCUGGCUUGGGCACAUCAGAUUAG